AUGAAGAGGGUAACAGUACCUCAGAGGCAUAAAAGAAAAUGUCCCCUUAACUCGGUGGCCAUUAUGUCUAUUUCUAUAGGGGAGGUGGGUCUUGCGUCACUUGGCCCACAACUCCUGGCAACGGAUUGUCUUCGCCUACAGGUUCCUCUUGUAGGAUGCGGCCCUCUUAGCCUCCGGGCUCCCGUCCUACGGCCGGCUGCCCUAUCCGGAAAAAUAAAAUCUUUAUUUUCCCACGGGAACUGCGUAGACCAUCCGCCCGAUACAGUGCGUUUCUGCCUCUUUUUUGUUGGGCCUGCCCGACGCACACCCAGCCACACCAGUCGGGAUGGUGAGAGGUUAGCACGUGAGUCAACUAAGGCAGAAGGAAGAAGACGCUUGGCCGAGGAGGACAGAGACGUCACGACGACCAGUCAGAACGGGGUAAGACCAACCAGACCUGCUCUCGACCGGGCACAGGACUCCAGUCGCCAAUCCAGCGAUGGCAUAUGUCUCGCCCUCAUUCACUCAGCUUCACAAGUCUUUUUAGCCCGUCCUGUACACAAGAUUGGCAGACGCUGGAACGAACAAUCACGAUCACCAUCCCAAUCGCCUAAAUGCCCAGUCAGAAGUUCAGAUGAAAUAAAGCCACAGCCGACUAAAACGCGAAAGACCUACAUGCAUAGAUGUCCUCACAACAGCUGUCGUGGCGAUUGGCGCGUGACCAAUGGCAAAACAACCACAACCCCUUGGCUGAUGGGUUUGGGCCUCUGUACUGAGGCAGUGAGAGUCUGCAACAGGCCUCCCGAAAAACCGCACUACUGCCGUCAGGACACUGGGCAACAUCGACUCUUUGUGCGCCACAUAGCGGGGCCGAUCAUACAAGGCCUCGGGCGCAUUUUCCCAUUUCACGCUACCAACGGCAUGUGCACGCUCGCCCGCUCCUGCCCACCAGCAUUAGUCGCUCAGGAGCUGUCAUCAGAGCCGGGAAAGUGGGAAUUUGGCCGAUUCACAGUUUACUCCCACUGCGAUGAGAAGAAGAGGCCGUCGUUUUGCAGAGUCCCAGAGGAAGGCAUCAAGUUGAUUAAGCCCCCCCUCCCUCCCCAGUUGCCUCCACGACCAGUAUUCGGCGUCUAUGUGGGUGGGUGGGGUCAUUCACUUGACGGAACCAAAGAAAUGCCUGCGCCCAUGAUGGAAGUACACCUGCAUCUGAGGCGUAAAGUGCAUGAGAGUACAUAUGGCCGGCCUUUGCCCCAGUGGGGCUAUGGAGGUACAGUCGCUCUGAUGACUUCAAGGUGGCCAAGGUUUUGGGAACCAAAGCCCGCGCUGGUUGGUGCCACCGCCAGUCGGGAGGGGAAGACACUGGCAAAGCUCACACUUUGCGAGGAUAUCCACACCGGCAAUGACGGAUCAGCAGAAGGUAGCAACGGUCCAGUAGAUCAGCUGUAUGUCGGGAACUGA